GGAUGAAGCGGGGGCGCGCAGCACUGGUACAUCAGUCGCUGCUCUGGGAACGGUAGAGCGUUCCCAGCCCGAGACCAGCGCUCAGACCCCGGGUUCUGGAGGUUCCCGGAUCCCGGGCACUGCCCCCUGCCCUCGUCGUCGCGGCGUCCGGCCGUUCCCCAGCCCCGAUCGGCCGAGGUCACCAUGAGUCCGGGGUUCCGCCGGGCGGUUGCUGGGCAGGGGGCGGCGGCCGCGGUGCAACUGUUUAUCACUCUGAGCCUCCUCUCAAGUCUUGUCAAUACCCAGGUGACUGGAGUUCUGGAUGAUUGCUUAUGUGACAUUGACAGCAUUGAUAACUUCAACACCUACAAAAUCUUUCCCAAAAUAAAAAAGUUACAAGAACGAGACUAUUUUCGUUAUUACAAGGUUAAUCUGAAGCGACCAUGUCCUUUCUGGGCAGAAGAUGGCCACUGCUCAAUAAAAGACUGUCACGUGGAGCCGUGUCCAGAGAGUAAAAUUCCAGUUGGAAUUAAAGCCGGGCAUUCACAUAAGUACUCGCAAGCAGCAAACACCUCCAAAGAGCUGGAUGACUGCGAGCAGGCGAGCAAGCUGGGCGCCGUCAACAGCACACUCAGUAAUGAGAGCAAAGAAGCAUUCAUUGACUGGGCGAGAUACGAUGACUCGCAGGAUCACUUCUGUGAGCUUGAUGAUGAACGGUCGCCUGCUGCACAAUACGUGGACCUGCUGCUGAACCCGGAACGGUACACUGGCUACAAGGGCUCCUCAGCAUGGAGGCUGUGGAAUAGCAUCUAUGAAGAAAACUGCUUCAAGCCUCGAUCUGUUUACCGUCCCUUAAAUCCGCUGGCACCCAGCCGAGGGGAAGAUGAUGGAGAAUCAUUCUAUACGUGGCUAGAAGGUUUGUGUCUUGAGAAAAGAGUCUUCUAUAAGCUCAUAUCAGGACUUCAUGCCAGCAUCAAUUUACAUCUGUGUGCAAAUUAUCUUCUGGAAGAAACCUGGGGUAAACCCAGUUGGGGACCUAACAUCAAAGAAUUUAAACGUCGCUUUGACCCUGUGGAAACAAAGGGGGAAGGUCCAAGAAGGCUCAAGAACCUGUACUUUCUGUACUUGAUAGAGCUCCGUGCUUUGUCAAAGGUGGCUCCUUACUUUGAGCGUUCAGUUGUUGAUCUUUACACUGGCAACUUGGAAGAUGACGCCGACACCAAGACCCUUCUGCUCAGCAUCUUUCAAGAUACAAAGUCCUUUCCUAUGCACUUUGAUGAGAAGUCCAUGUUUGCUGGUGACAAGAAGGGAGCCAAGUCGUUAAAGGAAGAAUUCCGGUUACAUUUCAAGAACAUCUCCCGAAUCAUGGACUGUGUUGGGUGUGAUAAAUGCAGAUUGUGGGGGAAACUGCAGACUCAGGGUUUAGGAACUGCCUUGAAGAUACUAUUCUCUGAAAAGGAAAUCCAAAAACUUCCGGAGAACAGUCCAUCUAAAGGCUUCCAGCUCACACGGCAGGAAAUAGUUGCUCUUUUAAAUGCUUUUGGAAGACUUUCUACAAGCAUAAGAGAAUUACAGAACUUUAAAGCGUUGUUGCAGCACAGGAGGUUCCAUGGUAUAUAAGGAAGGACAACUGUGCUGGUCUUCCUCAGCAGUGCCUUCAGCGGGACACCUGAAAACAGUUCACAGUAGGCUUCUCAGCAGUUUGCAGACUGAAGGCCCUGCAGAAGCCAUAGCUAGUCACCAAAAGGCUCAGACCAGGUACAUGCUGUCAUGGAAACCCCUUGGUACAAACCAAGGACAUAAAUCCACAUGUCCUUUAUUUGAAAUAACAUCUACAGGUGCAGCUUUGAGUUUUCUGAGCAGAAUUCCAAAUAAUUUGCUGUUGUAACCACCAGGACGUAAACCCCGAAUUAAAAUACAUGUUUCUGCAA